AUGGCCGCCUCCGCCUCCGCCAUCUCCCUCCUCCUCCUCGCCACCCUCGCCAUCGCCGCCGCCGAAACUACGCAGCCGCUGGCUCAUGGCGCGACAGGAGGACGGACAACCAUCAAGGACGCGAGCACCAACAAGCUGGUAAAGUCCCUGGGCCGCUUCGCAGUGGCCGAACACAACCGCCGCCUCCGCCACGGCGGCGGGUCAGCUGGCAACGGCGACCCGAUCCCGGUCCGGCUGGCGUUCACCGCCGUGGCUGCGGCGCAGAAGCAGGUCGUCUCCGGGGUGAAAUACUACCUCAAGGUCAUCGCCCGGGAGCGCGGCGCCGGGGCCGGGGGCGACCGGCCGAUCGACGCCGUGGUGGUCGUCAAGGCGUGGGUCAAGCCCGAGUCCAGGGAGCUUGUGUCUUUCAUGCCUUCUCCCAAAUGAUUAACGAGCAUAUCUAGCUCGUGAUGGUUCGGUUCUGUAAUUUGGGUUGUGCGGCGGUGAACUAGUGAUAUGU